AUUUUUUACCUUCAAACCCCUUCAACCCGCUCUCUUCUACUGAGUCAACUCGGAAUCGGCAGCUCACUGACACUGUAAACUUUACUCUUACAAGAGGCAUAAAGGUGAAGCCUUUGAAGGAAGAAGAAAAGCAAGGAAUCGAGCUCUCCGGGGGAAGCAGAGACGCCGCUUGCUAGGGCUUUGUUCUUGAUUCUCGGCUGGGGGCCUCCGAUUGGAGUGAUUGAGAUGGCGAGCCCGCACUCGGGGCGGUUGGCGAUCACUCCCAGCUCCGUGCGGCGGCUGUCGCUGACGCCUGGCGCUAGGGUUCUGCAGAGCCCCCUUGGCGAUGAGACGAUCUGGAAGCGCCUCAAGGAGGCCGGAUUCGAUGAGGAGUCGAUUAAGCGCCGGGAUAAGGCAGCCCUGAUUGCAUACAUAGCCAAAUUGGAGGCUGAGAUCUUCGACCAUCAACACCAGAUGGGCUUGCUUAUAUUGGAGAAAAAGGAACUUGCUUCUAGGAUUGAGCAAAUUAAGGCCUCUGCAGACGCCACUGAGUUAAGACAUAAGCGUGAUCAAGCAGCUCGUGUAUCUGCACUUGCUGAGGCUACAAAAAGAGAAGAGAGUCUGAAGAAGGCUCUAGGAGUUGAGAAAGAGUGCAUAGCAAGUAUUGAGAAAACCUUGCACGAAAUGCGUGCAGAAUCUGCUGAAACAAAAGUUGCUGCACAAAAUAAGUUGGCUGAGGCACGUAAUAUGAUGGAGGAUGCACAGAAUAAGCUUACUGAGGCUGAGUCAAAGCUGCGAGUGGCUGAAUCUCUAGAAACUGAUGCUAGCAGAUAUCGGCAAUUUGCUGAAAGAAAGCUCCAAGAAGUUGAAGCACGGGAAGAUGAUCUCAGGCGCCGUAUUCAAUCUUUUAACUCCAAAUGUGAUGCAAAGGAGAGCGAUACGCUACUCGAAAGGAAGUUGUUGGCGGAAAGACAGACGGUCUUGCACCAAGGAGAGAAAAGGUUACUGGAGGGACAAGCUCUCCUAAGUCAAAGGGAGGAAUAUAUCAUGACCAGAUCUCAAGAACUUACUCGAGUGGGAAAGGACUUAGAGGCCGCAAAAGCAGAACUGGAGAAACAACGGAGAGCCUUAAAUGAUGAGAGAACUGAUUUAGACAUCAGAGUAGCUUCUCUCUCUGAAAGGGAACAGGCUUGUAUCCAAAGGGAGGCUUCAGUGAAUAAGAAAGAGCAAGAAGUGCUCAUUUUGCAGGAAAAGAUUGCAAGCAGAGAAUCAAAUGAAAUUCAGAAGGCAAUUGUCAGUCAUGAAGCCGCUUUGAGGUCCAGAAAAUCUGAGUUUGAAGCUGAAUUGGAGAUGAAGCGAAAAAUGGUUGAUGAUGAAAUUGAGACCAAGCAACGAGCUUGGGAGUUGAGAGAGUUGGAUCUUCGUCAGCGCGAGGAUCAGCUUAAAGAUAGGGAGCAUGAAAUGGAAAUUCAGUUUAGGGCAUUGGCAGAAAGGGAAAAGGAUGUCUCGGAGAGAUCAGAUGAUCUUGGUAAAAGAGAGAAAAGUGUAGCUGCUGCUGAGCAGGAGGUUGAGUUGAAGAGUAUUCUUUUACAGAAAGAGAAGGAUGAGAUAAGCAAGUUGAAGGUGGAUCUUCAAAGGUCUGUGGAUCUACUUGAAGAUAAAAAGAAGCAAGUUGAUAGCGCACAAGGUAGACUAGAGGCAAUGAAAACUGAAACAGAUGAGUUAUCAGUUCUAGAGAUUAAACUCAAAGAAGAACUAGACAGGGUCAGAGCUGAGAAACUAGAAGUAAUGGCUGAGGCUGACAGACUGAAGAUUGAGAAGGCCAAGUUCGAAACUGAGUGGGAGUCUAUUGAUGAAAAGAGGGAGGAACUGAGGAAGGAAGCACAGCGUAUUGCUGACGAGAGGACAGCUGUUUCAAAGUUCCUGAAGGAAGAGCGUGAUAGCUUGCGAAUUGAGAAGGAAGCAAUCCGAGAUCAAUAUAAAAGAGAUGCUGAAUCACUUCGUGCUGAGAGAGAGGAAUUCAUGAAUAAGAUCUCCCAGGAGCGGUCUGAGUGGUUCAGCAAGUUUCAGCAGGAACGUGCGGACUUCUUUCUAGAGAUUGAGGUGCAGAAGAAGGAGCUCGAGAAUUGCAUUGAUAAGAGGCGGGAGGAAUUAGAAAGUUCAUUGAGGGAAAAAGAAAAGGAUUUUGAGCAAGAGAAGAAGAAUGAACUUCAGUGCAUCAAUUCUCUCAAAGAAACAGCCCAGAAAGAAAUGGAGCAUGUUGCUUCAGAAAUGAGGCGCCUUGAGGUUGAACGGAUGGAGGUCAACCUGGACCGUGAGAGGAGAGAAAAGGAGUGGGAGGACUUGAAUAAUUCCAUUGAGGAGCUUAAGCUGCAGAGGGAGAAAUUAAGAAAGCAGAGAGAAUUGUUACAUGCUGAUCGAGAAGAAAUUCGUGAUCACAUUGAACAGCUUGAGCAAUUGGAGGACCUGAAAAUUGCAUCGGAGAAGAUGGCUGUUGCUGCGAUGCAACAAUCUGCUCUCGAAUCCAGUCUGCAGAAGAUAUCAGAACGAAGGUUCUUAAACCAGCAAAGUAGUAUUAAUAAUCAUGCUAGCUAUGGUGAUGGACUAGAUUCUUUGCGAAUGCUGGAAAACAGCCAUGCUUCACCUAGUUCUGCUCGUUUCUCAUGGAUCAGAAGAGCUGCUGAUAAGAUAUUCAAGAAUUCUUCCGAAAAGUCACCUUUGGUCCACAAGGAUGAAUCUCUCACGAGUGAGAUUGGUAAAGCAGCUACGCCAGCAGGAAGGCAAUUGAUCUCAUUUGCAGUACACGCUGAGAAGAAAUCUGAGAAAAAUAAUACAUUGAACGGAACUCCGAGCGAGAAGAAUGCUAUGGGAGAAGAAAAAAUGAUUUUUGAGGUGCCCAAUGAAGAUGUCAUGGAGAUACAUACCCUGGAACCUAAUGAAGAUGCUAGUGAACAGUGCAUUCAACCUAGAAGGAAGAGGAAGGGUGAUUCGCUGUCAGCUGAUUCCAUUGGAAAUGUAACAGAGUCCAGGCAAAACAAGAAGAAAAGAGAAGGACGAGAAGAAGUUUCUGGAAAUCAAUCAGCGACAUCUGAUACCUAUCGAGCCACUUCAGGACAGCCCGAUGCAGUAGGUGAUCUGCCUGUCUCUCGAUCAUGCAAUGAAACUCAAGGUCCCCCUGAAGAGACAAGAGUAUUGGUUAUCGAAGAAGUUACGACCUUGGCUUCUGAAACAAUUGUCCAUGAGCAAUGUCUUACUGGAGUUGACAAAGACCAUCGGCAGAAUCCUCUUUCGAAAUCAGAUGAAGAUGCAAAUUCCAGUCAACAGGUCACUGAUGUCCCCCCACUCCUAGAUCCAGUGGCACAGAAAACAUUACAAGCACAGCUACAAAGUGUCGGACUAAUCUCCGAGGAAGAUCAGCCUGGAGAUGCCUUCACCGAUAAUGGUGGAGAUCAUGGAAAUCAAGACUCCGUAAAAUGAUCAGAUUAGGGCUGACGCCAUAGUUCUAGUGUAGGGCUAUGAUGAGUUUGUGAGACAAAAAAAGGCAAUGGUGUAUGGAUAUGCAUUCAACUGAACAUACAGGAGGGGUCCAAUAUUAAGUGACUAGAUAUAACUGUCCAUUCUGUAAAUGAGUAUGCGUUGGGAUAUGUAUAUGGUUGGUUUCGACUUUGAUUGUGGGCCGUAAACUUUUGCCUUCUGGCCAUAUGAGGCAUGAUUGUGGGUUGUCGGUCUUUGAAGGUUUUCGGGUUGGGUGGGUGUUUUGUGACAUAUUCGCUUUGUAGUUUGCCUGGUUUUAUUUGUAUGACAUGUCUCUCCAAUUUCUGAAAUACGAGUUUCCUUCUCAGCAUCGGUUAA